UCGAGUGCCGCUGGAAGUAAGCGGCUGUCCGUGAGCCCGUGCGGAGGUUAGUUCGCUUCGCCCGUGACCGAAAUUAUCAUUGGACCGUGUGUGUGCGCGCGUGUGUGUGUACUCGUCCCGUUUGUUCGGCGAAAUAAAAAAAAAGAAAAAAGCAGGAACAAGGGAGUCGGUGCUCGUGUGGCGUGUAUAGUGCCCGGGACCCGCGUGUUUCGUGAACGCGAUUCAAAAAAAGUCUCGAGUCUCGUGAGAACGGAUCAGUACGACGGCGUGCUAGUGUCGUUGACGUUUCGUGUGUCAGUGUCCUCUCUCUUUCUCUCACUCUGUCCCUCCGUCUACGUUCCUCUCGCUUCAUCCUACGCACCCUACCGCUGCGCGCCCUCGUCCUUUUUCCUUCUGUCUCCGCGUUCUCUUUACGUUGACCAUCGUCGUAGCGCACAAGCCGCGUUCCCGUCGCUGCGAUGCCAGAUGACAGGUGCGAGACGGUGCCACCGGUAUCUCCGAACGAGUCAUUCGAGUGUCCUGCGGAUUUAGGAUACGCCGCAGAAUGACGAGCGCAAAGUUAUUUUACCGGAAGGGCGGCGAAGAGGACCGAGGACGACGACCACGACGACGAUCUCGAAUUCCCUCGCGCUAGCGUUGGGCUAUGAGCGCUGACAAUGGGGACGACUCCUUGGCAGAAUCGAAGUGACGGAAGAAGGGGAAGUUCCGCGGACAUACAGUCGUGGAUGCUGUGGCCCGUGUUGGGGGAUGACGGGCUGAGCCCAGCGUCGCCCCCGGCGUCGGCCAGCGUCAAGGGGGUUAACAAACUGGCGCCCCUGCUUCUCUGCGGCCCCUGCAAGCCGACCAACCACAGGAAGAACCAGAAUUCCACGCAGUGGUACGUGCAGCAGCCCACGUGGCGUUUAUGGGGCGAGGAAAGGGGUGACGGCGUCAUAUACACGGUGUACCUGAAGAAAGUCCGAUAUCACAGGCCCACCAGGAGCCUUUCUGCAUCGGAUUCCGACGACGAGAUCUCGCACCUAGAAUGGGAGACGGUCAGGGUGCGUUUCCUGAAGGCUGGCACGGUGCAGCGUCUGGUCGAGAGUCUGGCGAACGACGACGGGGAGCUCGAGUCGACGUACAUAAACGUCUUCUUGGCGACGUAUCGAGCGUUCACGUCCCCGCGAGACGUUCUCGAGCUAUUGUUGGCGCGUUACGACGCCCUCGACGAUGGAUCCGGCGCGCUGACUGGCGAACAGCACCGAAAAACCCUCGUGCAGGCGUUACACGUGUGGCUGGACGCGUACCCAGGUGACUGGAAAUCACCGCCGAAUCAUCCUCUGCUCAGCAGACUGCUGGACUUCACGCAUCGUCGAUUGCCUGCCUCGGAGCUCGAACUGAAGGCGAGGCAUCGGUUGCACAGGUUCCAGCGUGAGGAUCAGAUAGAUUCCUGUAUGGUGUACGACAACGGUCGUCUGCCCCGAGGCUCUCCGGAUCCGAUGGUGGAUCAUUGGGCGGCCUACAGCUUCCCAGAGGUGCCGCAUCGUCAUUUCGCCGAGCAGCUGACCCGUAUGGACGCGGAGGUGUUCAAGAAACUGGUGGCGCAUCAGUGCCUGGGCGCUGUCUGGUCGAGAAGGGAUCGUUCGAGGAGCCACGACGCUGCUACUGUGUUAGCAACGGUGAAUCAAUUCAACGCAGUGUCCCUAAGGGUGAUAUCGACAAUUCUGAUGGAUCCCGCCAUGAAAUCCCAGGAACGUGCCAGGAUCCUGGAGACGUGGAUCGAUAUUGCUCAAGAGCUACGGGUGCUGAAGAACUUCAGCAGCUUGAAGGCAAUAGUGUCAGGGCUGCAGAGCAAUCCGGUUUACAGGCUGGAGAAAUGCUGGCAGUGCAUGCCCAGGGAGAAACACGAGCUGUUCAGGGAACUGGAGAGGAUCUUCUCCGAGGAGAACAACGCGUGGACGCAGAGGGAGCUUCUGAUCAAGGAGGGCACCGCCAAGUUCGCGGACACAGCUGGCAGAAGCGACAGGCAUCUCCAGAAGUUGUUCCAGAAGCAGAACACUCAUGCAGGCAAUAUCAGUUACGGAACGAUACCGUACCUGGGAACCUUCCUGACCGACCUAACGAUGAUAGACACCGCGAUACCAGAUACGAUAGCCGAGGGAUUGAUCAAUUUCGACAAGAGACGGAAAGAGUUCGAGGUGCUCGCCAGGAUAAGACUGCUCCAGGGCGCGGCGAACGCGUACAACUUCAACACGGAUCCUCUGUUCGAUCGUUGGUUUCAUUCGGUUGUGGUGUUGGACGAUCGCGAGGCGUACAAGCUCAGCUGCCAGAUAGAACCUCCGCCGCCUGGGAACACUUUGAGCAAUCGUGGAAAGAAGAAGCAGAGCCAUCAGGGACACCGUAAAAACGAUUCGAUAGCGUCCACGUCUAGCUCCAGUAGCUCCCAGUUCUACUACGACCUGGAUUCUCUGCCCAGCUCGCCGCACAACUCUCUCGACCGACGCACAUCGCCGUCCCAGAUGUCCAGCUCGUCGUCCAGCUCGUCGUUACCGUCCCUGGACGUGUCCCUUAGCUCGGGCGGCGGCAGCGGGGCCACGGCCAAUCAGCAGAAUCGUUUAGCGCCGGUGAUAACUGCGAACGGGAACAGUACUAACCUGGUCGGUCUGUCCAGUCCCAGCCAUUCGCACAAGAGCUCCCCCGAUUUCUACAUCAUCAAGGUCACCAUGGAGAGCGACAACGUGGAAACGGACGGUGUGGUGCUCUACAAAUCUAUCAUGCUGUCGAACAACGAGAGGACACCGCAGGUGAUACGGAACGCGAUGCUCAAGCUGGGAAUCGAGGGCAGUCCCGAUCAGUACACUCUCGCCCAGGUGCUACCCGAUCGAGAAAUGGUCUUGCCGAACUCGGCGAACGUUUACUAUGCCGUGAACACCGCGCACAACCUGAAUUUCAUUCUGCGACCCAGACGGGAACCGAACGACAUCGCCUCGGACAGUCCCAAGAGCAAGACCAGUCACAAACGGUAGUGCUGAAUCCUUUGACAAGGGUGGAGAACCGUGAACAAUGAAAGGCUGAAGUGAUCGCGUUGGAAGGACAGAGAAAGAAUCUCAAUGUACGUUACGAUGGUGCGAUUUAACCAUGUUUCGUUUGUUUCUUCUGUUUUUUUCUUUUUUUUUUAAAUAACCCAUGACAGUACUGACACGUUUUUGUUAGUGACAACUACGGGCCGGUGUAUAUUAACUCUCUUCGGGGCACCCAUGGGAAUCAUUGUUUUGUUUUUUUGCUGUCCCCCUUUCCUGUCUAUUUUCUAUUCUUUUUUUUUUUUCUCUCUCUUGUUACUCACCGGUUGCACAUGCUCGUGUUAACACAACGUUUACCCGACCACACCACGGUAUACAUACCACACUCUCGGAUAUUCGACAUUUUAUUAUUAUGCAAUCAUGUCCGCGGAAAUAAUUUAGCGUUUAGAUAUAUGUGUUUAGCCGUGAGUCAUAGGGUUCGCCGAUUAUCGGCGCGGAAAAUGAACAAAGAUAAGCGA